GGCGGUGUGGGGGGCACAGCCCCCCAGACCGGGCUGGCCCUGCUGGCGCUGCUCCUCGCCAUGGGCACCUUCUCCAGCCCCUGCGUCCGGCGCCGCGGCCACUUCGAGGUUUUCUACUGGACCCACCUCUCCUACAUCUCUGUCUGGACCCUCCUCAUCCUCCAUGGUCCCCAUUUCUGGAAGUGGUUUGUGGUUCCUGGCUCCCUGUUUGUGCUGGAGAAGGUUCUGGGCUGGGCCUGGCGCCGGGCGGGGGGGCUGCACAUCGUGGAGGUCAACCUGCUCCCCUCCAAGGUGACUCACCUGGUGAUCCAGAGACCUCCAUCCUUCCACUUCAAACCCGGGGACUACGUGUACCUGAACGUCCCGGCCAUCGCCUCCUACGAGUGGCACCCCUUCUCCAUCAGCAGCGCCCCCGAGCAGCCAGAGACCCUCUGGCUGCACAUCAGGUCUCUGGGCCAGUGGACCAACAGGCUGUACGAGUACUUCCAGCAGCUGGAAUCACCCAGCCCGGAGCCGAAUCCGCCUGAGAGGAGCCGGAGCUGGGCACAGGUUGAGAGGGGGGGCUCCACUGGCCCGGGGGAGACCCGGCGGCUGUGCAGCGUCAAGUGCUUCCUGGACGGUCCCUACGGGACCCCGACGCGGCGGAUCUUCCUGUCGGAACACGCCGUGCUCAUCGGGGCCGGGAUCGGGAUCACCCCCUUCGCCUCCAUCCUGCAGAGCAUCAUGUACCGCCGGCGGAGGCAGAGCUGCCCCAGCUGCCACCAUUCCUGGUGUGAGGAGCUGCAGGACCAGGACAUGACCCUCAGGAAGGUGGAUUUCAUCUGGAUAAACCGGGAUCAGAAGCACUUUGAGUGGUUCCUCAGCCUCCUGAGCAAGCUGGAAAGGGAGCAGGCGGAGCUGGAGCCGGGAGGGCGGUUCCUGGAGCUCCACCUGUACAUGACCUCGGCCCUGGCGAGGAGCGACGUGAAGGCCCUGGGGCUGCAGGUGGCGCUGGAUCUGCUGGCAGCCAAGGAAAAGCGGGAUUCCAUCACCGGGCUGCGCACGCGGACACAGCCCGGCCGGCCCGACUGGGGCAAGGUGUUUGGGAAGGUGGCCCAGGAGCAGGUUGGGAAGGUCCAGGUGUUCUUCUGUGGCUCCCCAGCCCUGGCCAAGGUCAUCCGGGGGCACUGCGAGCGCUUCGGCUUCCGCUUCUCCAGGGAAAACUUCUGAGCCGGGGCCUUCCCGCCCUGCCAGGCCUGCCCAGGGAUGGCACCCGGGCUUGGAGCUGCUCCACCGGGGCUGGGAAGA